AUGUCCGAAGCCAAUGAGAAGCGAUUUGUGAUCAAGCACGUUUUCAAAAACGUUGGAAGUAUUAAAGGUGGAGAAACAGUUUAUGGAAGUACAAAAGAACAUUUCGGUUACAAUUGGACGCUUGGCAUGUUAUGGGAUAUGCCAUCAUUAACGAAUUAUAUCAAGUUGAUGUGUGAGAAAGUGCCAAAUGACAGUACAUGGUCGAUUGAAACUACUAUCAAUUCGGAAAUGCACAGUAAAAUGGGAAAGGAAUCAGAAAUUCAUAAGUUCUCCGCAACAUCGACUUCGGAAGUCAUAUUGAUUGAAAUCUAUUGGGAUGACUUGAAGAAAUAUGUUGUGAAUAAUCAUUUGGAGGUCGAAAUCAAUGUGAAGAUCAAUGAAAUCAAAAAAGAAAAGUUGAGAAAUUUCGACGAGUCGAUGAAAGAGUUCUCGGAUGUCGUGUUGAUUGUGGAGGAUGAGAGAUUCUAUGUCUCUAAACUAUUUCUGGCUUCUCACUGCACGUAUUUUAACUCUCUUUUCUUCGGAAAAUUCGGAGAAGCAGAUAAAUCGGAAGUAGAAAUCAAGGAGAUUCAAGCGGAGGACUUUCAAAAUUUUCUCGAAUUGAUAAAUGGAGAAUCGUUUGUCGAUGACUAUACUGUCAACGGACUUCUUCAGUUGGCUGAUUUCUUCGAUUCCAAAACUACACUCAGAAGAUGUGAGGAGUUUUUGAUGAAUAGUACGAAGAAGUCACUCAGAGAGAAAGUUGGAUUAGCCAUCAAGUACAAUAUCGAUAAAUUGAAGGAAAAGUGCAUUUCGAGCAUGAAAACUGUUGAUGAAGUGCAUUCAGUUCUUCUCGAAGUUUCGAGUCAAGUUGCCGAUUCUGUCUGGAAGGAAUUGUUGAUGAAAACGCUCUCUUUCUCCAAAUAA